AUGAGUUCAAAAGUGGUCGAAGACUAUAACCCAUUUGCAGAUACAGUCUCUAAUCCACCACCACCAAAAACUCGGUCGCCUAACCCAUUUCUUACUUCCCCACGUUCACCACCUCCUACACUCUCAAAAUCAACAAACCCUUUCGAAACAACAUCAGAGGUCGUAAAUACGAACCCAUUUGCUGAUGCACCUCCUCCCGUGGCAACAACUUCAGCGAAUACAAAUCCAUUUGCUAGCGAAUCGACAACAACAACUUCAGCAACGCAAUUACCUUUGCCAGCGAAACCACAAGUCCCACCGAAGUCGAAAACUCCAAAACCACAAAUUGCAGUGUCGAAAAGUCCGAUUAUGAGAAAAGAAGACGUGCAAGCACUUGAUAAUAUUAACCCAUUUGCGGAUGGAAGUGAACAACAAAACACGUCGGAAGCACGAAGUUCACAAACGACUAAAAGUGUGAAGAGCGCACAAAACAUUAACCCAUUCAGUGAUGAGGCACCACAAGUCAAUACGACAUCAUAUAACCCGUUUGGUGAAUCAACUCAACCCAAACCACCUCAAGUGUUCCAAGAAACUCAAAAAUCAAAAACACCGGAAAGUAUUAACCCAUUUGCAGACGCUCCUCCAGCUCUUGGAGAAGGUACUACUCCAUUACAAACGAAUUCUACUAACCCAUUUUUGGAUACAACACAGGUCGAAGGUUCUAACCCAUUUUCAGACUUACCACCAGCCGUCAAACAAACCUCCCCUGGAUUGGGAAGAAGUAUAGACAUGAAAAGUCCAAGAAUAUUACGCGGUGAAGGGAUGACAAACAAACCAUUUUCGAUGACACAAUCGACCCCACAACCCGUCAGACCACGGUUUUCAUCCCCCGUGGAAGUCAAACGCAAAACACAGAAGAAUGUGAUCACACAAGAAAAUGAAGAGGAGUGGGAGGAUAGUUGGAUGGACAAAUCGACCUUUGAUAUUUCGUCACGAGGGAUUGUAGCGAAGAAUAUUCAAAGUUCGAAUGGGAGAGUUCUUUUAAUUGGAAAGGAGAAGCACUACUUCUUCAUGAAUUAUAAACCAAUACUCAUUCGAAACAUCCCAAAUCAUAUCACUAAGGCCGCAAUUGAUAAGACGGGUACACACAUGUUGCUCUCCACUUUCGACGGAAAGCUCUUUUAUGUGAACAAAGACCUCAUCGACGUGGUGCCGAUCAAAAUUCCACAACAAGCCGAUUCCAAUGCUAAAUAUGUGUUCACGGCUAUCAGAUUUAAUGGGAAUGAAAGUUCGGAAGAACGUUUGAAAGUCAUGGUAGCCACCGGGAAUAGAAAUAUAUUACUCUUGUACAUUGACGUCUCAUCUGGAUCUGGAAUUAAGACGUCAUGCGAGGUGAUGUAUGUCAACAAGAAAAAGAUGAAUGCGGAUGUAGCUCCAUUCAACGCGAUUGAUUGGAUAGAGACGUCGACGUCGACCAUCAUCUUGGCGUCCUCACCGAGUUGUUUACAAAAGAUAGUGGUGAACACUAAAAAGGAUAUCAUUAAAGACGAGUCGAUAUUGAUCAUGCCGUUGAAGACAGAGCCUGAGACUGGAUAUUUCUCAUUGGUGCGUGAUAUAUAUGAAAAGAAUAUUAUUCGAGUGAUGUGGGUGUCUGGGAAGAUGAAAGGAUUAAAUCAAGUCAAUCCAGCUGAGAGCUCUAAUAUCGUGACGAUGAUCACUUUUGAGGUCGUUGGGAACGAGUUGCAACAGAAUAGUAAGAAAGAUAUUAUAAAGGACAUUGUAGCUGCGUGCCAAACACAACAUUAUGUGUUCUAUUUGUACAAUGACCAUAUUGAAUGUCAAUCGUUGUUGAAUGAAAAGAAGUGCGAGGAAAUACUUGAAGGAGGUGCUAUAUCACUGUGUGCCGAUUUGGGAGGAGAAGAAGAGACCGUCUUUGUGUCGACGGGCUUCUCCCUCUACAAAUUUUCAAUAGCACAGAACGUCGGAAAAGACGACGAACCUUUCAAUAAGAAACUUUUGCGAGACAUCUCUGAUAGAAACAAAUUGUUUGGGACGUUACUUAACCAACUGAAUGAAGAGUCGAAGAAGGAGAAACAAGAGAACACGAAAAUAUCGUGUGCUGUGUUAUACUGUUGGUGUGUCUCUAUAUUACUUGAACGGCUGAAUGUGAGUGAAAAAGUCCCGCACAUCAUGGGGCAGAUGAAGUCGUUGUUUUCCAAAGACUUUGAAGGGAAGGAUAUCAUCAAUAGUAAAAUAGUGCGGUACAUGGUGCGCAGUUGUGGGAGUGAAGAAGUCUUUAAUGUGUAUUGUGAGUGUUCGAAAGAUUAUGAAGGGAAAGUUGGUUAUUUAAUGGAGCGCGGGGAAUAUUCCGAAGUGAUGAAAGUGAUUCGUGGGUUAAUGAAAAGUCGAGAGGAACGGAUAGUAGGGGAGAGUCUAAUGAAAAAGUACUUUGGUGUUUUGUUCAUGAAAUUGGGUUCUGAGAACACAAACGACUUCUUAGAGAUCUUGGAGAAUCAAGAGAGUAAAGAAUAUCCAGUUCUCUACAGUUGUUUGUUGAUGAACGACGACAAAGACUUUUCCAUUGACUUUGCGAGACAACUUUUAGAACGAAAAGAGAAAGGGAAGAAGAGUGGGAAUGACAAGACAGUGGUCAAUUACAUCUUUUGGAGAUAUGUUGAUCCGUUGAGUAAUGUUCGAGACGAGGACGUUAAAAGAUUUUUAGAAGAGAAAGGGAGAUGGGAUUCAAUCGAAUUUGAGAGUGGGAUGCGCGCGCUGAAAGACAAGCGGUUUUAUAGGACUUCGUUGUUUAUGAAUUUACAGAAAAAGAGAUAUGAAAGUGCGAUAGAAGAUGCUAUAGUGUUGAUCAACCAGUAUGACACUAUCAACAAAGAACAGAAAGAUGAGGAUGUCUCGUUGUUAUUAAAGCUUCCGGGGAACAUUACUAAUGAAGAUGAAAAGCGGUAUUAUUAUUUAAGAGCAAUGAGUGGCUAUUUGUCUGGCGUGAAAACGUCGGGCGACCCAGAACAACGGAAAGCUAUCUAUGAGACAGUUAUGAAGAACAAAAUCCCCGUGGAAGACUUGUUACAACUGUUGCCGUCCGAUUGGAAUUUGGGGGAGUUCAAAGAAAUUGUUAAAAACGCGAUCGAAGUGGAAGACAAGAAGAACAAAAACUUGAUGAAUGAAGUCGAGCGGAUGUGUGGCUCGAGUGCUAAAUUUGAAAGUACCACUGCGAGAUAUAAAAAGUGCUAUAAGACUGAACUGACUGCACUCAAAUGCAACUUCUGCGGAGAACAUAUCAUACCACAGAAGAAGGGAGAGUUCAACUUGGAUGGAUCAAGAGGGGCUAUGUUCCCCUGUUCGCAUUGCUUCCACUUGCUUUGCAUCAAAAACGAAUUCAAACAACACCCAACCGCCUUUGCUCGAUAUGUCACACAACUCAUCAUCAAUGCACAAGAUGAGGAGGAACAAUUCAACUGUUAUGCAGCAGAGUGUCCUAUUUGUGGAGAACACAGUAUCGACUUGAUCAAGUUCCCUUACACCUCUGCCCAGAACGAUCAGUACUGGAAUCUUUAA